UUCCCCUUAACAAAUCCCACUAAUCAAUACACAUAACAUACACAUUCUCAAAAAAACAACUUUCCUUUUCUCCAAAGCCAUGAAAGCUCUCAAGCUAGUCAUGACCAUUUUAGCUGCUUCAUUUUUCAUCUUCUUCUCCUUUUCUUCUCCAUCUUUGGCUGCAGAUAACACCUCUCCAACAACUCCUGUAUCCCCGAAAAACCUUUGCAAAAACAUCCCAGAUCCAACAUACUGUAAAAAUGUUCUUCAACCCUAUAACCAAACCGGGAAUGUCUACUACUACGGCCGUGCCUCGGUCAAAAAAUCCGUAUCCCAAGCCCGAAAAUUCAAGUCCUUAAUCGAAAAGUACCUCCGAAACCGCGACAAGCUAUCGGUGCCGGCGGUCCGAGCUCUCGAGGACUGCCGGCAGCUCGCAGGUCUAAACUUGGACUUCCUGUUGAGCUCCUUCGAAACCGUCAACAAAACCAGCAGAGUCCUCUCAACCCUAAAGGCCGAAGACGUCCAAACCCUGCUGAGCGCAAUCUUGACCAACCAGCAAACCUGCUUGGAUGGCAUACAAGCAACGGCGUCGUCUUGGAGCGUCAAAAAUGGCAUCUCAGCCCCGCUCAAAAACGACACUAAGCUCUACAGCGUCUCCCUCGCUCUCUUCACCAAAGGUUGGGUACCUAAGAAGAAGAAGGCGACGACGUGGUCGCCGGGAGGGAAGCAGUUGGGGACCACAAACAGACGGUUGCCGUUGCGGAUGUCGGGGCAGAAUAGGGCCGUUUAUGAGGCGGUGAGCCGGCGGAAGCUGCUUCAGGCGGAGGAUGAGAACGACGAGGUAGUGUCGGUGAACGAUAUCGUGACGGUGUGUCAGGACGGUAGCGGAAACUUCACGACCAUAAACGACGCCGUUAGCGCCGCGCCGAACAACUCUUUGGCUAGCAAUGGGUACUUCUUGAUUUAUGUGACG